AACCUAAAAUGCUGGAUAAAAUAAAAUCUUAAAUACAUCAGUGCUCUGGCACAAAAGUAAAGAAUACAUAGGCUAAACGCUGAUUGGAAACCCACUGAGAAUUAAAAGAGUAAAUGGGUCCAGUAAUUGGAAUGACUCCAAAUAAGAGAGCUGAAACCCCAGGAGCUGAAAAGGUUGCAGGAUUAAGCCAGAUUUACAAAAUGGGAAGCUUGCCUGAAGCUGUUGAUGCUGCCAGACCAAAGGCCACUCUAGUGGACAGUGAGUCAGCAGAUGAUGAACUCACAAACUUGAAUUGGCUUCAUGAAAGUACUAAUCUUCUAACAAACUUCAGCCUCGGAAGUGAGGGUCUUCCAACUGUAAGUCCAUUAUAUGACAUAGAGGGAGAUGAUGUGCCAUCUUUUGAACCGUCUUGCUACCAGAACCCAGAAAAAAAACCAGCGACUUCAAAGCCCCCAUACUCCUUUAGUCUUCUCAUUUAUAUGGCUAUUGAACACUCUCCAAAUAAAUGUUUGCCUGUCAAAGAAAUUUAUAGCUGGAUUCUGGACCGCUUCCCAUAUUUUGCUACUGCACCAACAGGCUGGAAGAAUUCUGUUCGACAUAAUCUGUCUCUGAAUAAAUGUUUUCAGAAAGUGGAAAGAAGCCAUGGCAAGGUUAAUGGAAAAGGUUCCUUAUGGUGUGUUGAUCCAGAAUAUAAACCCAAUCUUAUGCAGGCACUGAAGAAGCAGCCUUUUUCCUCAGCAUUAACGUUGUAUACCCCACCUGCAUCUCCACAAAGUGGUUCUUUACCACCUCACUACUUAAGCUCUGUACUCAAGCAGAACCAGGUGCGAACCCUCAAAGAAUCUGAUAUUGAUGCUGCCACUGCCAUGAUGCUUUUAAACACUUCUAUAGAACAAGGAAUUUUAGAAUGUGAGAAGCCUCUUCCUCUUAAAACAGCAUCGCAAAAAAAGAGGAGUUAUGGCAAUGCAUUUAAUCAUCCCAGUGCUGUAUGCUUACCAGAGAGUGAUUCUUCAGCCACCAGCAUUGAUCCAAAAGAAGAUCACAAUUACAGUGCAAGUAGCAUGGCAACACAGCGUUGUGCAUCCAGGUCUAGCGUGUCUUCCCUGUCUUCUGUGGAUGAGGUAUAUGAAUUUAUCCCAAAGAGCAGCCAUGUGGGAAGUGAUGGCAGUGAAGGAUUUCAUAGUGAAGAAGACACAGACAUUGAUUACGAAGAUGAUCCUCUUGGAGACAGUGGCUAUGCAUCACAGGCUUGUGUAGAUACCUCUAAAAAAGGGCAGCCAGGCAAAAAGAUGCGAAAACAGUCAUGUCAAGAAAUUGAUGAGGAGCUCAAAGAGGCAGCUGGAUCUCUGCUCCACCUUGCUGGAAUUCGUACAUGUCUAGGUUCCCUAAUAAGUACUGCAAAGACACAAAAUCAAAAGCAACGGAAAAAAUAGAUACUUAUUAGUGUGAAAUUAUAUUAAAGUGUGGCAAUACUCUUCUUAAUUCUUUACAAGGGAUAUCAAAGCCAUAAUGGGACUUCUUUAGUUUUAGAAUGGGGGAGGGGUGCUAAUUACUUGUUUCUUUCAAACCCUUAUUAUUAUUAUUAUUUUUAAUUUUUAUUAAAUAAUUGCUGUUAGGAUCAUGCCCAAUCAUAAAUGUAUGAUACGAAGUCCUAAAAGCAUACUUUUUGUGAUGUGUCUCCAAGAUUUGGACAUUUUUGUAUUAGAAAAUCCUUGGCCUCUGUCUUAAACUUGUAGGAAAAAUCUUUUCUUCUCUUGAUAAGUCAAAGUGUAAGAUUUGGCAACUCCAUAAUUUUUUUUUUCAUUUUCUUUUCAAUCUGUAAUUAACUAUAGUUACUGAUCCAGCUAGAAAUUUUACUGAUGUCUUUGUCAUAUACAUCUGUCCUGACACACAAUCCAGUAGGAUAAGAUUUGGAUUUUUGUCUUAAUUUUUGUUUUUAAAUAUUUUUUUGUUGUGGCAUGAGCAGAAUCAAAAUAUAAAUUGGGAAAGAUCCUAGAUGUCUGGAAAGUUCCUUUUGGUUAUGUACAUACAGAAUACAACAGAAAGUUCUAAGAUUUAGAAAAGGCAAUUUUGUGGUGUGAUUGAUCUAAGAACACUUCAAUUCCUAUUACGAUGGUUUCUUUGAAAUGUUACUUCACAGAUACUGCAUAGCGUUUACUGGGGCCUUCUGCUUUUUUCCCAAAGUGCUUUGCAACCAUUGUUUAAGUUUUAGCCACUACCUAUCUUGCUUAGAAAUUAUCCAGUGAGAAGAUACAGCCACAGAAUAUGUUACGGAGUAACACCCAUUUUGACACACUUUUGCAAUAAGAAUCUUUCAUUUGCUUGCUAAGUGUAUUGCAUUUGGAGAGUCUUGUAAUAGGAGUGAAAUGGAAUAAAACAUCUUGAAUACUUAUUACUUAUGUCAUCAUAAGUAAAGGUAGGUCAUUUAGGGAAGAAUUUCUCCCCAACCUUUGUACAAAUUAAAUUUGUAUGUAUACCAAAUUAA